AGAUAAGUGUGAAUUGUGCUAAUCAAUGAGACAUUGUCUCAAAAAAUUGUUUCAUUUAGCAGUGAGAGUGUCAAAAUAACAAUUUCUUCAAACACCAAGUCAACAAUGUUGUUACUCUUUCUCUUAUCACUGGUGUUAUCAGUGAUUUCAGAUCCCAAUGUCCCACCCUUUUGCGAGAAAUGUAACUGUGUUAACGACGAUAACAAUCAAUUACAAGUCACUUGUACUAAAGACAUUUCAUCUUAUAUUUUCGAUAAAUCGUUUUGGAUCAACCAAAAUGAGAGCAAGUCGUACAGUUAUACCAAAAUUAAGAUUCAAAAUUCACCAAUUUUGGAGCUAAAAUCGCAAUUCCCCGAUUCAAAUCUCAUCGAAUUGAGUUUAAGCAACAAUUCGAUUGUUAGAAUUGGUAAUGAUGUGUUUAGUAACCUUCAAAACAUGCAAUUGUUGGAUUUGAGUUACAAUAACAUCGAAAUUUUGCAUCCAGACACUUUUGAUGGUCAAUAUUUGGAGGGUGAUUGGCGACCGUUAAAAUCCCUGAUCAAACUUUAUUUGGCCCACAACAAGAUUCACACUUUGGAUAAGGAUAUUUUUGAGCACACUUCCAGGAUUGAGGUUUUAUCACUGUCUCAUAAUCCCUUGAAAAUCCUGGAUCAGGCCACUGCGAUUGCUAUCACUAGUUUAGUUUUUUUGAAAGAUUUGGAUUUGAGUUAUACAGGAUUGGCGAGUCUUCCAGCUGGGUUUUUGCACACACCCAAGUAUUUGAUUUUCUUGGAUUUGAGUGGGAAUCGGUUUCGGGAAGUACCGGAGACGUUAGGGGAUGCACACAGUUUGGAAACGCUCUAUUUCAAUAAUAAUCCCAUUGUUAAUCUGACUAGCAAAAACGGUUUUCCUGAAAUCCCCACUCUCAAGUACCUCCACUUCAGCUCAAUGCCCAAUUUGGUCAACAUCAGCAAAGCCUCCUUGAGCAAACUCGUCAAUCUCACCGAAUUCUAUUGCUACAACAACCCAAAAUUAUCGAACAUUGACCGAGAAGCGAUUUCGUCACGACGUGACGGUGCCGAAUACAAAACCUGGCCCCCGAUCAAGAAACUAUUUUUACAAAAUAAUAAAUUGGCCUCGAUAGACAUGGAGAUUAUCCUUAAUUGGAAGGAUUUGGAUGCACUUGAUUUAACCGAAAAUGCGUGGACUUGUGAAUGCGAAAAUCAGUGGAUGAUUGACGAAUUAAUGCCCAUUUAUUUGCAACUCGAUGAGGACAAAGCCAAAGCACUCAAAUGUGAGGCACCAAUCGAGAUGGCUUCAUUGACACUUUAUGACAUUUAUCAGAAACAAACGACGAUGCGAUGUCUUGAUUUGUACGGUCAUAGACCCGAAAGAGACGGCGUUUUAUUGGUUGGAAUUUUAGCCGGUGUUUUAAUCACCAUACCAUUGAUACUUUUCAUCAUUUACGCUUAUCAGAGACACUGGUUUGGACUAUUUGACAGCUCACCGGCCGCUUUUUCGCGCCAAUUUUACAAAAGAACCGUUUCUUCCGAAGACGGCUAUCUCUAAUUUAAUUUUCCUACUUUUUAAUUACCAAAUAAAGUAUCGUUGAUUUUUUUAAUAAAAUUAAAUCACGUC